CAAUCCCCUCUGCGAGACUCGGCCUCUGUCACUGCAACUAAAAGAAUUAUUUGUGGAUUCAGCUUUCACUCAACUCAACAAUUCAAAUGUAGAUACUAUAAUUCUCCACAAAGAAAAAGAAAGAGAGAAAGCAAAGAGCAGCCCAGAUGCUCGAUGUUUUCUUACUUUUAUCCAAAAGACAGACCAUGGUUUCUACCUCUCUUUAUUCUUCUUUUGGACCAUAUCCUAUUUUGUUCGCACAUUGCACUGCUUGAAUCCACCCCACUGCGUCCAGUCAUACUCCCUUUGCCCUUGUUGCUGCAGACAAGUCAGAUUCUCUCUCUCUCUCUCUCCCCUUUUAAAAAAAACCAAGAAAAGCAUUUUCUUGGCUCAAUCAAGUUUCACCCUUUAUUUCCAAGUCCCAACUAGUGCAUUAUUAUGCCCUGAAUCACCUUUUUGGUGUUUUAUUACUCAACAUUUUUCUACUAAAUUGAAGACUUGGAUGUUUAAUUUGGUUUGUUGAGCGUGCAAUGACGUCUGAAGCUGCACAAGUUAGGUUGGUCCGUUGCCCAAAGUGUGAAAAUCUGCUCACUGAGCUCCCUGAUUACUCUGUUUAUCAGUGUGGUGCUUGUGGCACUAUUCUUAGAGCAAGGGAGAAAGAUGCAGAGGUAGAUACGUUAUCAGAGAAUUUACAGGAAGAAAGAGCAGGUGGAGGGGGUCUGGAGAAAUUUUCAGACUCAAUAGAGAAUUCUGAAUAUGUUGAGAAACCUGUGAUCAAUUCGAGUAAUGAUGUCAGCUCAAGCGGUACUUCUACUAAUACAUUCGAGAGAAAGGAAAUUAUUGUUGAUAGGGCUGAGAAAUAUAGGAAUAGCUCAAUGACUAAUAGGGAUAAAAAGGUUGUUGAGGAAGAUGAGGAGACGAAUCCCUGGAUCGGGAAAGCUAGUGAUUUUAGAGGUUCUGGGCAUUUAUCAGACUGGAGAGCAUGCGGUGAGACGGAACGGUUCCAUAGCAACCAAAGGGCUGAUGCUGCAGGUUUGAGGUAUUCAACUUCAAAGUACUCAGAAAAGAUUACUGCAAAUCACCAGUUUGGAUCUAAUAUUGAUUAUGAUGUAAUAGCCAAACGGAUGAAGAAUCAGAUUGACGUCGAUGAAUUGAAGAAGGUCGAGCAUCUUGAGCAAGAUCGCACCGAGCUUUUAAGAAAGUUGGAUGAGCUAAGGGACCAACUUAGUAGGACUAAAAUAGUGGAGAAUCCCAAAGAAAAGGUUCCAUUAAGUGGGAGGGCUGUUCGUCAGGAUCCUUACACUCGUUCAGAUAAUUGGUUCCCUGACGGGUCUUUUGGGCAGAAAAAGACAUCAUUGCAAUAUUCAAUCCCUGAUAAGAAUGUGGCAGGACCUUCUUAUAUCAGUCAUUAUGCUGAGCCAUCUCCAUUUACAAAUAGUCGUGAAAUGGCUAUGCAAAGCUUUUAUACUCCUAUGCAUACACCGAGUCAACUGCCAGGUUUUGAGGACCCUUUUAGGUCUCAGAUGCUUCGCGCACUUACUAACCAAGCACCUCAUAAUUUACAACAGCCAGCUCAUCAGUAUUUUCCUGGACGGUAUAUAAGUAAUGAUAUGGCGGAAUUAGAUAUGAUUGAACCGUAUACACAUAACAUAGACCCUCAUCCUUCAUCUUGCUUUUGUUUGCAUUGCUACAACAAAUAUCCACAUGUUCUUCAACCAAACCCACCUUCUAUCUCCUGUCAUAGAAAGUUUGCUGAUGUUCCAAACAAUCUGAUGUUCUACCAUCCUGAACAUUCUGGUGCUGGUUUUGGUCCCCCGGAUUUUAAUUCACGAUUUGCUUCACAUGAUUUUCAUAAUCCACAUCAGAAUGCAAGAUUGGCUAAUGAUCCGAACUUUAACGGGGGUAUUAAUCGUCAGCGGCGUCCAAGGGUCGUGCUAGCAAGUGAAGGAAGUCGUUGCCGCCCUGUUGCUGGUGGUGCUCCAUUCAUCGCAUGCUGCAAUUGUCUUGAAGUGCUCCAACUUCCAAAGACAAUUUUCAAGACAAGGAAAAGUCAAAAGAAAUUGAAGUGUGCAGUGUGCUUUAAGGUCAUCUUAUUAGUAGUAUCAGACAAUAAACUUGUUUUCACCCAUGGCGAUGGUGUGAAGAGAGUUCCUGGAAAGGUUGACAAUCGCUCUAACAUGGUGGCUAAAGAAGAUAGUUUAAAUUAUCAGCAAAUGAAGUGGGGUAGCAUGGAUAUGUCCUCAGAUGACUAUGAGAGCACCGGCAAUGAUUUUCACUCGAUGGAUCUAAAACUAACUUCAUCAACUGUAGGCCAAGACUUAAGCUCAGAUCACUCUGUCGAUAUGAGGAGCCUUCAAUCUACAGUUUCUUGUACUUCUGUGGAUGAAGAUAGCUCGAAUGCUUUAAUUGGUAUACAGGAAGAAGCCAAGUCUGAUGAACAUGUACUUAACACUGAAAACCCUCGACCACCCUCCGGUUCACCACUUCAAGUUCAUUUUGAUUAUUCAGGUACAUGUAAUAUGGUCAACCAAGUUGGAAAUGAAAACCAAAGUGGCCGGUCAGAGCAGGAUAAAAUUAUAGUCAAGAAGGUUACCUCAAGGCAAAAUUCCAUGCAAGAUGUAUCAGUUGCGACUGAAUUGGAUAUAUCAUCCAGAGAGUAUGGUAAUACUGGAGUUUCAACAGAUUCAGGGAAUGCAGGCAGAGAAGGAAACCAGCUGAGAGAAAAGAAAGGGAGUUCAUCAUUCUUUGCAGGUAUCAUAAAGAAAAGCUUUAAAGACAAAUCUAGAUCAAGUCAGAAUGUUGAGCAAGAAAGAAUUGGUGUUGCAGUUAAUGGGCAUCCUAUCCCAAAUCAGUUGGUUAAAAAGGCUGAAAAAGUAGCUGGACCAAUCCAACCCGGACAAUACUGGUAUGAUUCCCGAGCUGGAUUUUGGGGUUUGAUUGGCGGACCUUGUCUUGGCAUAAUCCCUCCAAAUAUUGAAGAGUUUAGCUAUCCUAUACCAGAGGAUUGUGCUGGUGGAAAUACUGGUGUGUAUGUAAAUGGAAGAGAGCUUCACCAGAAAGAUCUUAUUUUGCUCGGAAAUAGAGGGCUCCCAACUGAAAGAGAUAGAUCAUAUAUCAUUGAGAUGUCCGGUAGAGUCUUGGAUGAAGACUCUGGUGAAGAGCUAGAUAGCCUAGGCAAACUUGCCCCGACAGUGGAAAAGUUGAAACAUGGAUUUGGCAUGAAACCACCAAGAACAACUGCUUGAGUUCCGGGCUUUUCAACCUAGGCAGCUCACCAACUUUGAAGUUUUGAAACUCACCAUUCUCGAAUUGAACAGUAAGAUGCCAUAGUCCAGGUACACCACCUACUUUGAGAUUGUCGAGGAAGAUAUUACUUAGUUUUUCUCCAAAUGGGAUGGACCUGUUUCUGAAACAUUCCAAUUUCUUUACUGUAUUAAUUUGUUAGACAAGACCAGUAGAAAUUUUUUAUGUGUGGCUUAUGAUGUGUUUGUAAAUGCAAGGCUUGUAGAUCCUAUCCAUUAAUAUAAGUAGAGUUUGUAACUUUAUCUCUGUAUUAAGAAAAUGCAUAUUGAUUUUUUCAUAAUUUUGUUUUAUUUAUUUAUUUGUUUAUUUACUCA